AUGUACGCUUAUUUUAAAACCCAUUUCUUGCCUGCCGUCGCCUCUCCCUCUUAUCCCGUAGUCGCCCCUCCCUCCUACCCUGCCGUCCCAAUUCCCUCCCAUCCCGCCGCCACCUCUCACCCCGUCAUCGCCUCUCACUCCCACCCCCCUGUCGCCUCUCCCUCACUCCCCGCCAUCGCCACUCCCUCCUAUCCCGCCAUCUCCACUACCUCCCACCCCGCCGUCGCCACUCCCUCUUAUCCCGCCGCCGUCUCUUCUCCCAUCCGGCCGCCGCCUCUCCCUCCUCCCCGCCGUCGCCUCUCCCUCCUCCCCGCCGUCGCCUCUCCCUCCUCCCCGCCGUCGCCUCUCCCUCCUCCCCGCCGUCGCCUCUCCCUCCUCCCCGCCGUCGCCUCUCCUUUCCUCCCCGCCGUCGCCUCUCCCUCCUCCCCGCCGUCGCCUCUCCUUUCCUCCCCGCCGUCGCCUCUCCCUCCUCCCCGCCGUCGCCUCUCCCUCCUCCCCGCCGUCGCCUCUCCUUUCCUCCCCGCCGUCGCCUCUCCCUCCUCCCCGCCGUCGCCUCUCCUUUCCUCCCCGCCGUCGCCUCUCCCUCCUCCCCGCCGUCGCCUCUCCCUCCUCCGCGCAGUCGCCUCCUUCACUCCUCGUCGUCGCCUCUUUUCCCCUCCCCGCCGUCGCCUCUCCCUCCUCCCCGCCGUCGCCUCUUUUCCCCUCCCCGCCGUCGCCUCUCCCUCCUCCCCGCCGUCGCCUCCGGCGGCAGAUUGGUCUCCUCUCGCAUUGCACUUUCAUUUGAAGAAGGGGAGAGACGGAGCGCGAGGGAGAGCAUGUACACGGGAGCGAACACGCAGAAAAGCGCGCGUGAGAGUGCGCGUGAGAGAGCGCAUGAGAGAGCGCACGAGAGAGCACGUGAGGGAGCGCGUGAGAGAGCACGUGAGGGAGCGCGUGAGAGAGCGCGUGCGAGUGAGAGUGCUCCUGAGAGUGCGCGUGAUAGAGCGCGUGAGAGAGCGCAUGCGCGUAAGGGAGCGCGUGCGCGUGAGAGAGCGCGUGCGCGUGAGAGAGCUCGUUAGAGUGCGCGUGAGAGAGCGCGUGAGAGUGCGGAUGAGAGUGCGCGUGAGGGAGCGCGUGAGAGUGCGAGUGAGAGUGCACGUGAGAGUGCACGUGAGAGUGUAA